AUGCGCAGGGCCGCGGAGCCGCCGUCCCCGGGCGGAGAGCGCGCAUCUGCCGGGCCGGCAACGGGAGUGGGAGCGGGCACUGCCGCCCCACGGGUCCCCACCGCCGCCGACACCCCCAUGGGAUCGGAGCGGACGGAGAUGCGCAAGCGGCAGAUGGCAGCAACCCAGGAGACCCCAGGCACGGUGCAGACUCAGCACAGCGUAGGGAACCGCGGACCCAAUGCCUGCUGCUUCUGCUGGUGCUGCUGCUGCAGCUGCUCCUGUCUUACUGUUAGAAACCAGGAAGAAGAGAGAGCAAGGAGAACAUCCCAUGAACUCCAAGCAGAGGGUAUUCCGAACUGUGAGGAAAGCCCCGCUCCUACUCUUGAAGAAGUGAAUGCUUGGGCUCAGUCAUUUGACAAGUUGAUGCUUACACCAGCUGGUCGAAAUGCUUUUCGUGAAUUUUUACGAACAGAAUUCAGUGAAGAAAACAUGCUUUUCUGGAUGGCCUGCGAGGAACUGAAACAGGAAUCCAACAAAAGCGUCAUCGAAGAAAAAGCAAGACUGAUUUAUGAAGAUUAUAUUUCUAUCCUUUCUCCAAAGGAGGUCAGCUUGGACUCCAGAGUAAGGGAAGUGAUUAACCGAAAUAUGCUGGAACCCUCACAACACACCUUCGAUGAUGCACAGCUUCAAAUCUAUACCUUAAUGCACAGAGACUCCUACCCACGGUUCAUGAACUCUGCUAUUUAUAAGGACUUGCUUCGGUCCUUAUCUGAAAAACCCAUCGAAGCAUAGGAUUCCUUUUUUCUUACAUGUAUUUAUUUUAAAACAAAUGGGACUCUGGGCUACCCCGAUCAAUAGGGGAUUUAGUAUUCAUUUACCUGAAAACAACUCAGGCAAGUUUUACUACAGACUGAAUGCUUGGAACCCGCACAAGGCUCUGAUACGAUCAGCUAAAUACAGUUUCUGAUCAAAUGAAGUAUUACUUUGCAAAAGAGAAUGAAGAACAAACAUUUAUGUUCAAAAAAAAAGCAGUAUUUUUACAUUGCAGCAUACAACUUGGACACAAGUCUCUUAUAAUGUAUAUCUGAAGUACUGAGCAUGAAAACUAAUUUUAAGUGGACUGUCACAGUUUUCUUGAAAGUCAAACCAGUUGCUCCAUCCACACUAUGACCAAAGUAAAAACAGUUGUACCAUCACUCGCUGGGUUACAUGAGACCAAGUUUCACCUCCUGUAUGAAUUGUGCUUGGAGCAGGUAAAACCCCACUUGUCUUAUCUGAUGUGCAUACAGUGUGAUAAUGGAAAACAGUAUGAUCUCAAGUUUCUGAAAACUAAUUGUUGAAAUAAUUAAUGCUGCCUAUAAAAACCUUUUGCUGAAAAAUUGUUAUUUUACUACUGGAGUCCACUGAGAGCAUUUUUAAGUUCAUACUGUUCAUGUUUAUAAUGUUAAAUUAUUUACUGAGUAGGAAGAAGAGUCUGGGGAUUGAAAUUCUCAAAUAAAGCACAAUUCUCACAUAUUUUUACCUUCCCUCUGUAGGUAGGUUAAAAAGCAUUUCAUUGUUUGCUCCUGAAGGAGUGGCACUAUCAGCCAUCUUGGUUUUGUACACACUAAUUUGACUUGUUCACUGACAAAGCUUGUAAGGCUUAGGUAACGAAUACUCAUACCUUACACUGACAAAAGAUGGAAGCCUGAACUCUCUCAUUCCAUAGCACUUUUUCAGACUGUUCAAAAGAAAAGCAACAGCUUUAUCAGCUAAUAAACUUACGUUCAUUACACUUCAGCCACAGCAUUACGCUACCCCUAAUUCUAGCACCAUGACAAGCAUGAAAAGAGCACUUUCAGGAAAAAAAGAAAUGGGAAUAGCAAAGCAGAAUUCAGGAUAUUAAUUUGUCUGCUCAGUGCAGUAGGUAGGAGACGUGAUCUUCCGUAACCAUAUUCACAUUAUCAAACAAACAAGGAGCUUUUUCACUGCAGGAAAAGACCUAAUACAAGGUAAGUUUACAAUAGCUGUGGACUAGUUUCUACAAUCUCCUUCCAAAACUGAAACAUGAUUCAACACAACAACUUAAAAACAAUUCAACCACCUUGAAAGACUGGAAAGCAAAGUUCUUUUUUCCUUCAGUACAAAACUGGAUGACCCGGAGCACCAAGUCAAGAGGAAUCCCUUCUACUUCUACUU